CGAGCUUUAACAAGGUAGUCGAUACUUUUCAGUACAGCAAGCAACAUGUUCAACAAAUCAAUUAUUGUGGCUCUAAUUUUGUGCGCCUGCUAUAUGGGCACCAUUCAGGCAAAUUUGCCUGUAGCUCCAGCCUUGAUGACAGCAAUGGGUGGGGUUGGUACAGUCGAACAGGCUACAGGAAAUCUUCCAAAUCUUCCAAAUCUUCCAAAUCUUCCAAAUCUUGGAACCGGAAGUAAUUCGCCGGUAUCAAGUGUUGGUCAACUUACAAGUGGUAUACUCCACACAUAAGAGUAUCUAAAGUCUUCUCUAUGAUCAAAUUUUUACCAUGAGUUUUUGUUUCAAAUCAAUUUUAUAUUAUUUGAGUUUCUUUUGAAAAUAAAGCAAUGUUCUAUGAGUAUUACAACAAAUGGUUUGCACAUAUAUUUCAGAAAGAGAAGAAAAUCCAGCAAUCUUUAAGCGUUGACUUACAUAAAUUAGGGACUUUAGCCGAAACUAAUCUCUGGGCUACGUGAGCAGUCGGAUCCCUACAAACACGUAGGACCAAAUUUGCGACUAUUUAUAGUGGGGCCCACAGCUCAGUUAGCCGCUUAAAGAUGUCGGUCCAGAAGGUAUUGUUCGUUGGUCUGCUUUGUUUGCUGGUGACACUGGCUUGGAGCUUGCCUACUCAGACUCUAAAUGUUACAGGGACAACGUCAAGGAAACGUGAAAUUGUGAAAAGCUUUGUGGCCGAGGUAAAUGCCUUGAUAGCCAAAUUAAUCAGGCAGUUGCAGGAGCUUACGGCCAUCAAAUGAUUUUAAAUGUGCAAAAAGGAAAACUUAAU